AGUUGAACUGUAAUGCAGCGUAACUGUUAAGGGUUGGAACUCUCCAUAGACGAAGACACAUCCGGUGUACGAUAAAGAAACUUUCACUUCACAAUGUCAGGCAUAGUUCCAGAAGGUACUGGUGGAGCGUCUAGCAACAGGCGUUUGCAGCAGACCCAGGCCCAGGUUGAUGAGGUGGUGGAUAUAAUGCGUGUGAAUGUGGACAAAGUGCUGGAGCGUGACCAGAAGUUGUCUGAACUGGACGACCGAGCAGACGCACUCCAGGCUGGUGCUUCCCAGUUUGAGACCAGUGCUGCCAAGCUCAAAAGGAAGUACUGGUGGAAGAACUGCAAGAUGUGGGCCAUCCUCAUAGCUGUCCUACUCAUCAUCGUGGUCAUCAUUAUCAUUUGGUCAAAAUCAUAAAACACCACCAAGAACAGGAUGAAGGAAGUGGAGAUUAGCAGCAUGCGUCAUUGAUGUUUUGGAGGCAGCGGUCACAUGAUUGCUGUCUUCUUUGUUUCACAUUUUCUCCUUGGAAAGGCAGGGGUCGGGGGCUGCUUCAUUCCUUGUCAUCUGUUUGUUCGCGCCGAAGUGCCUCAUUAAAGGAUAAUGUUUAAGUACUGUUCUUACAGAUAUUACCGCACUAUGUCAGAUUUGGUGUGCCACCUACCAAAGACACAUCCACAGCUAAUUCAUUGAAUUGAAACUCAAGCAGUGUCAAAUGAUGGAGAAGAAAAACAUAAGGUGCCUCUACUCCAGUUCAUGUUGAAUUGUAACUUUUACUAUUUAUAACAUCCAACCAUUGCCAAUCCUAGGAUAAGAAAUAUAACGUAUAGUUGUGAACUCUUAGGUUUUGUUUUUAUGUGUAUUAGCCAACAAAGUGUUAGUGCCAAACGAUGUGCCUUUAGAAAUACUGAGUUUUCAUUGAAACAGUUAUGGUGGCUAUCACAUCUGAAUUGUUCCAAUUGAUAAGGUUACACAUACUGUAUUUAUAUCUUUUUCCUAAAGUCAGAAGCACAGCUAAAGAGCUGUUGGAUUCGAUAAUGCGACCUAAUGCCUUAACUUAUUUAUACACGUGCCUGAGUGCUUAUAUACUAGUAUUUUGCAGACAUUAGAUCAAGUUAGAUAGAAAUACAUACUUUAGGUUUUCCUUUCGGGAAAUUUAAGGUGGGCGGAAAUUGUAUUGUCAAUGUGAGAAAGCAUCUUUGUCUCAGGAAGAUGUAGUGUGCAGGUGAAACAAGCGCCUGAAGUCUCGGGCCAACAGACUCAUAGAUUGGAUUAAGCGAAUGAUGGUGCCGCAAUUUUUGCCUCGAUGAAGAAUUUUGUCUACAAAAAAAAGUGUAAUUUUAGUUAAAUGCCACCAUAGAUGUUUGCACUUCAUCGAAUAGAAAGUGCCUUUAUUCCUUCUGCAAUGGGAAAAUUUAGGAUGCAUCUACACAGUGAUCUAUGGAAUACACAGCACCAGAUGGGGAGAGUAGUGCUUUCUAAAUCCACCCAAACAUACUGUGCAGCUCUCUUGCUUACCUUCAUUAAUAGUGUAUGUAUCUCAUCUCAGUCAAGUGCAUUCAUUCAUAUGUGAUGCCAUUUUAUUAAGCCUUUAGCUAUUUUUGAAACUAAUUAUGUAGAACUAAUCUUAAAAGGUUUUUUGUGUCCACUUCUGCCUAGCAUUGUACUGUAGCUGUUUGAAUUUGUAUUAAAUUGUAGUUGGGAAAUGACAGUGUGAGAAUUACAUAAACUGUGCCAACACUGGAUAACUGCAUACCCUGCUGUUGCUUCUGUCUAAAUAAAAUUAAAAAAAAGAAAUCAAUAAAAAACGGUUUGAUUACUUUUA